UCCCAGUUUUCAUUAGCUUUGUUUGCUUCCAAAGAUUCUUGGAAAGUUUUGGAGUGUCCGUUUGCAGCUGUUUUUUCGGAGGUUGAUGCCAAUUUGGUCAAGACUAGUCAAUCUUGAGAUCUGUCAAUUGGUACACAAACAGAUGACCAUAAAGAAACACGGGUUCAUCCCAAGCGCUGCACCGGAAGAACUGAAGGCAGUUCUGAAAGCAGUGGCAUCCGAAUGGGGAGAUGAGAUAAAAGAUAUGGAAGAAUUUGAUGUGGUUCCACUGAAGGGAGCAAUGACUAACGAGGUUUAUCAGAUAAACUGGCCGACAACACACGGCGAUCUUCAUCAGAAAGUGUUGGUCCGAGUUUAUGGUGAAGGCGUGGAAGUGUUUUUCAAUAGGGAUGAUGAGAUUAGGACCUUUGAGUGCAUGUCCAAGCAUGGUCAAGGACCUAAGCUUCUUGGUCGAUUUCCAGAUGGAAGGAUUGAGGAGUUCAUUCAUGCCAGGACACUAUCUGCCGCAGACCUCCGUGACCCUGAAAUAUCUUCCCUUGUAGCAGCUAAAUUGAGAGAGUUCCACAAUCUUGACAUGCCUGGUCCUAAGGAUGUACUUCUUUGGAAGCGAUUGAGGACCUGGCUUGGUCAGGCAAAGAAAUUGUAUUCUCCGGAAGCUGCAAAAGAAUUCGGCUUGGAUGCUCUGGGAGAUGAAAUCAGCACCCUGGAGAAAGAGUUAUCGCAGGGCAAUCAGGAAAUUGGGUUUUGUCACAAUGAUUUGCAGUACGGUAACAUAAUGAUGGAUGAAGAAACAAGAGCAAUCACCCUAAUCGACUAUGAGUAUGCAAGUUACAAUCCUGUUGCUUAUGAUCUUGCAAAUCACUUCUGUGAAAUGGCAGCAAAUUAUCAUUCUGACACGCCCCAUAUUCUGGACUACACCUUAUACCCUGAUACAGAGGAGCGCCGAAAAUUCAUCCGUGCAUAUAUAGCAUCUCCAGGGAAUGAAUCUAGUGAUGCUGAAGUGGAACAACUACUUGCCGCUGCAAAGAAAUAUACUCUUGCUAACCAUCUGUUCUGGGGCUUAUGGGGAAUUAUCUCGGGUCGUGUGAACAAAAUAGAGUUUGACUAUCUGGAGUAUGCAAGACAGAGGUUUAAGCAAUACUGGUUGCAGAAAGCCCUUGCUCUCGAGUCCCUGAGUUUGUGAGGCCAGCCAAGGCAUUGCCCCCAUCCCAUGUUAACAAAUAACAGAUAUAGAUUUACAAAAUACACGUAGAAUAAACCUAGCUUGUUGAUAGGUG